GACUCCACGUUAGUUCCUCACCAUCUCACUUCAGAUAUAGCAAAUCUUAAAUUUUACUCUUGGAACAUCUCUCUCCCUUUCACGAUCGAGCGUACGUGCGCGCGCGCACAAACAAACAAUGGGUUCCAAUGUUACGGCAAUUCCUCUAAUCGAUGUCGCCCCACUUGUCGAAAAGAUUGAUGAUCCAGACAUGGCAAAUCAUAAGGAUUUGCUACGAGUUGUCCAAACGUUGGACUAUGCUUGCAAGGAGGUUGGAUUCUUUUAUGUGAAAGGCCACGGUAUUUGUGAGAUGCUAAUGCGGGAAGUGAGGGAUGUGUUACACAAAUUCUUUCAGCUUCCUUAUGAGGAAAAGAUGAAGAUUAAGAUGACACGUCAAAGUGGGUAUAGGGGGUAUCAAAAACUAGGAGAGAAUAUUACCAAGGAAAAACGUGAUAUGCACGAAGCAAUUAAUUGCUUGACUCCUAUUGCACCUGGUAAAUACGGAGAUCUUGGUAAAACACUUGAAGGAUACAAUCUGUGGCCUGAAUACCCAUCAAAUUUUAAGGUAGUGCUGGAAAACUAUAUCAGCCUUCUCAAAGAUCUUUCAAGGAAGAUCAUGCGAGGUAUAGCUUUGGCAUUGGGCGGGCCUGUUGAUGCCUUUGAACGGGGAAUAGCAGGAGAUCCUUACUGGGCUGUAAGGCUGAUUAGUUACCCGGUUUCAAGUGAUGUCCCAGAAGAGAAACGCACUGAUACUGGGAUGGGAUCUCACACCGACUACGGACUUCUGACACUGGUUAACCAGGAUGAUGACAUGUGUGCCCUUGAGGUCCAAAACCGUUCCGGUGUGUGGAUACAUGCCAACCCAAUUCCUGGAACCUUUGUUUGCAACAUCGGUGACAUGCUCGAGGUCUGGUCAAAUGGAAUUUACCAACCCACGGUUCAUAGAGUCAUCAACAGCUCCCAUCAACGCCGCGUAUCUGCUGUGUUUUUCUACGAGACAGACUUCGAUGCAGCUGUGGAGCCCGUUGAGUUCUGCGUGGAGAAAACAGGCAGCGUCGCCAAGUAUGAGAAGGUCGUGUAUGGGGAGCGUCUGGUUCAGAAGGCCUGCUGCUGCUUCGGUGAUUUAUAGGGCUGGAGCAUUAGUUAUAUCGCUACUGUGAUAAUAAAGGGAUUACUAUAUCCACAGACAAUGAACUAUCUGCUGUUAAACUUAUGUGAUAUACUGUGAAAUAAAGGAACAAUUGUAUCCAUAUAUACAAUCAACUAAAUGCUGUUAAUUACUUUUAUGUAA